CAGUCUCUAUAAUGAUGAAAAUAAUAAUAAGUGAUUUAAGAUGAAAAAAUUAUGGCUGCUGCUGUGUUGUUAUUAUUAAAUAAUAAUAAUAAUAACAACAAUAAUAUGGCUCAAAAUAAUAGCAACAAUGCUGCCAAUAAUGAUGAUGUGAAACCAACUAUUUUACAUGACUUUCUUGGCCGUGGUGGUGGAACUUCUCCGGUCACCAAGUUAGCCGCCGGUAGUGAUGUUGCCGGUGCCUCUUCUCCUUCUGGUUCUAUCUCAGGUGGCGGUGGCCGUGGCCCGGUUUCCACUACUUCUGAUCUGGGUUCUGAAAGGCAUGUUGGAACACUUUUUGAAGGUGUGCCAUUUUAUUGUCAAAAAGGUGAUUAUUCGGGCUCAAAGGUUAGGUAUUCGGGGAUGAAACGUAGUAACUCGGAUGCUGGUUUUAUGGCGCCUUCAAGAGAAGGUAUCCCCCAAAUGAGACCAGAUUUUCCAGAGACCUCACAUUUAAUGAAGAUGCUGAGAAAUGUAGGCGCAGAACGACCUAGAUGGCCCCACGAAGAUGAACCGAUCUUGGGCAUGCCUCAAAUGAGGCCCACAUCAUCAUCUCAAUUGGUACAACAAGCCAAUGCAUCUAAAUGGGAGCGGGCCAUUCCCGUGAACGUUGGGCCUGUACUACAGUACCCUCCACGUGCUGGUCAAGUUGUACCUUACGCGUACCAACCAGUUUCAAACCGAUUCAAAGAUGCCAAUGUGGGUUCCCCAUUGAUUUCCCAGUCAGCUGCUGAUGAAGGAUCUAGGACUGGAAUCAAAGGGUCUGGGAUUUUAAGCUCGGUUAAUGUUAGUGGCUCGGUGGCUGAACCAAGUAUAAGCAAACUAAAAUCUCUGAUAAGUAAUACUGAACCUGGCUCUUCUAGUCCACUUCCUCGGCAAGGAUCUACAUCUGCCAGUCGCCAGAUGACCAUAUUUUAUGGUGGUCAAGCCCAUGUGUUCGAUGAUGUUCAUCCAAACAAGGCAGAUGUAAUAAUGGCCCUAGCUGGAUCAAAUGGAGGAUCAUGGUCAACAAACUUUUCAAAUUCCUCUCUAAAAGCUUCUGGUGGUGAGGCUAUUCCCGUGAGUGGUGAAAAUGAUACAAUCAUGGCUGGUAAAACCACUCUGUCUGGCAAAGAUAUACAUGGGAGAUCAUAUGGAAAUUCCACCCACGGGCUUGGCUCUAACGACCGGAUGCUAAUGCUUCCUGGAGGGCAGGGUAACAUUAUAAUGAAAGAUGCAAGAGGGCCUGCUGCAGAACAAAAGAAUGAUGAGAAACCUUGAUGUCCAAUUUGGAAAGUUUUAAAGCUACAGUUGCUGCAAUGUGUGCUGAUAUCUUCCGGAUACAGGAAAAUGGUGGAUAUAUAAGUCCCUUUGCAAAGUCGUCUUCUGUUACUUGUGAUGCCAAACCUUCCGCUGUUUAAAUGUAUCCAGAAACCAAUUAGUCACCAUACUGGUGUAACAUACAAUGUUUGUAUAAGUUAAAAAUGCCUUUUCACUUA